AUGGCGCGCGCCCGUUGGUGGCACGGGGGAGGGCCAUGCACCCGCGAGGAUACGGCGGGCAACGCGGGCAUGAGGUUUCUUGGCGGCCCCGAGGCGCCAGCGUCGGUCUCCCGAGGAGGCGGGGACCACGAGGGGGUUGCGAUGGGACGAGAUGGGAUGCGACGAGGAGGCGGGCUGUGA